UUUCACACUUUUGCUUCCUUCUUCUCAAAUGAAACCCUAAUUCAAACACAACCCACUUGGCCUUUUUGUAAUUUACCUCUCUAGGCUUUUCAUCCUUUUUCCUUUCUUUCAACCUUCAUGACCUCUUCCCUAGCCAAUUUUAUUAUAUCAUAAACAAGAUCUAUUUCCCUGUGUGUUUUUUCUUUCUCUUCUUUUCAUAGAAAAAACCCUUUUUCUCCAACUGAAAGACAGACUAGGAAAAGAUCUUUUCUUCCAUUGCAGAUCACUAGAUCAAGGAUUCCAUCAAAAGAUAUGGUUCUCUUUACAAAAGGGUGUUCUUAGAAUUAUAAAAAUUCAUAGCUUCUUUAUCAAACUCUGCAAAUUUUCAAUUCCUUUUUAGCACUUUAUUUUUGCUUUCUUUAGUUUUUUUUUUGUUCCCUACUUUGCUUAAUUUACAAGCUAUGGAUUCUGGUAAUAGUGGAAGUAUUUCUUCUAGUGGAGAUGAAGAAUAUGAUUCAAGAAAUCAUCAAACACUUCUCCCUUCAAACUUCUUCAAUCAACAACCUACCCUUCAAUUUGGUUCCAUCUCACACAAUCCACAAUCAUCCCUGCAGUCAUUUAAUGCUACCUCCACCCCCAUUUCUUUGUUUGAUCUUUCACCAAACUACCUUCAAAAUCUCUCUCAUUCACAACAAAACACAAACCCUUUUCCAAAUUUACACCCUCAAAAUUCUCAACAUGGAGUUUCAUCAUCAUCAUUAUCAUCUCAACAACACAUAAACCAAUGUUUGUUAACAACUCCUCAUCAAGGUCAAGCUCAAGCUUUUGGAGUUCAUGAUGACAACAACAAUGCAAGAGCAUCACUUUCAUCAUCAUUACCAGCAACAACAACAACAACAACAAACAAUGCAGCAAGAAACUCAAAGAAGAGAACUAGAGCAUCAAGAAGAGCACCUACGACAGUUCUAACAACCGACACUUCGAAUUUUAGAGCCAUGGUUCAAGAAUUCACCGGUAUCCCUGCACCGCCUUUUUCAGGUUCUUCUUACUCUCGUCGUCUUGAUCUUCUCACUUCCUCAUCUUCUUUAAGAUCAAAUAAUUCCUCUCACUUUGAUACAUCAAGUUCUUUUUACCCUCUUCGUCCUUCACCACAAAAACUUCAUCAUCAUAACCAUCCAAAUCCAUUGCUUUUAUCUUCAUCAUCAUCACAUAACAUGGUUGAUGCAAAUGUUAACAAUAAUUAUGAACUACCAUCGGAUUUGGGUUUACCUUAUACUCAUCAUCAUCAACAUAACUUCAUGAUUAGUAUGCAAAAUCAACAACCUAUUCAUACAUUCAACAACCCUUCAUCUUCACAACAGUUUCAUCCUUUUAGUAAUAUAGGAGGGCUUGGUGCAAAGUCACAACAACAGCAAGGAAGUUUAUCAGUAAAUUCUCUAGAAGAUCUAGGGGUGAAUCAAGGACAAGGUGUUAAUCCACAUCUUGGUGUGAAUCAUGGUCAUGAUGAUGAUUAUGGUUGUGGUAAAGUUAUUGGUUCUUCUUCUUCAGGUGGUGGUGGGGGUGGGGGUGUAGGUAGCAAUUGUAAGAUUAACUUUUCAGGUUCUGCAUCAACCACGUUGAACCAUGACAAGACAAUGGAGAAUAAUAAUGAUAAUAGUAGUAAUAAUAAUAAUAGAGGAGAAGGUGGUGGUGUUGAUUCGUGGAUUUGUUCUUCUGAUUAGGAAUAUUUUGUGAGAUUGAUGAGACUAAACCGGUACAGAAAACUUGUUAUCAUUACAUGGUGGAAUAUGAUGCUGCAAUGAAUAUUAAGAUCAUGAUGAUGAUGAUGAUAAUAUUGAUGAUGAUGAUGAUGAUGAUGAUAGUGGGUCUUGUUGGUGGUUACAAUUUGCAGCUAACAAUUCUUCUUCUUUUUUUUUUUCUUUAUCAUUUUUUGCUUUUUAUUUUAAAUAUAUAACUAGUCAUUAUUAUGAAAUCAAAUAUUUAAUCAUGUAUGUUAGAUUUGUAUAUUUUUAAAUUAAAUACUACUUUUUUGUUUCUACUUGAUGACCAAAUGAUCUUUAAUGUUAUAUUUAUGAUUGUUUAUAUGAUUGGCAUUUUAU